AUGGUCACUUCCGACGGAAACAUGUUACAAAACUACGUUCCAGUUUAUGUCAUGCUCCCUCUAGGAGUUGUCACUGUUGAAAACGUUUUGGAAGACCCAGAUGGCCUUAAAGAACAGCUCUUGAAGCUAAGAGCAGCAGACGUUGAUGGUGUUAUGGUCGAUGUGUGGUGGGGGAUCAUAGAACUGAAGGGGCCUAAGCAGUAUGAUUGGAGUGCGUAUAGGAGCUUGUUUCAGCUAGUUCAGGAUUGUGGCUUGAAACUUCAAGCUAUUAUGUCAUUCCAUCAAUGUGGAGGGAAUGUAGGAGAUGUAGUGAACAUCCCAAUUCCCAAGUGGGUGCUUGACAUUGGAGAAUCUGAUCCGGAUAUUUUCUACACCAAUCGUUCAGGCACUAGGAACAAGGAAUAUCUAACUAUUGGUGUGGACAACGAGCCUAUAUUCCAUGGAAGAACAGCCAUUGAGAUAUACAGUGACUACAUGAAGAGUUUCAGAGAAAACAUGUCAGAUUUUUUAGAAUCUGAGCUUAUUAUAGACAUUGAAGUAGGGCUUGGCCCAGCAGGAGAGCUCAGAUAUCCCUCUUAUCCACAAAGUCAAGGAUGGGAAUUUCCUGGUAUUGGAGAAUUUCAGUGCUAUGACAAAUAUUUGAAGGCAGAUUUCAAAGCAGCUUUAGCAAGGGCUGGCCAUCCUGAAUGGGAACUGCCAGAUGACGCAGGUCAGUACAAUGAUGUCCCAGAAUCUACCGGAUUCUUCAAAUCAAAAGGCACAUAUGUCACUGAGAAAGGGAAGUUCUUCUUGACCUGGUAUUCAAACAAAUUGCUGAAUCAUGGUGAUCAAAUCCUAGAUGAAGCCAACAAAGCUUUCUUGGGUUGCAGAGUCAAAUUAGCUAUCAAAGUAUCUGGAAUUCACUGGUGGUACAAAGUUGAAAAUCACGCUGCUGAGCUUACUGCUGGAUAUUACAACCUUCAUGAUAGAGACGGAUAUCGUCCCAUUGCAAGAAUGCUGUCUCGCCAUCAUGCCAUUUUGAACUUUACGUGUCUUGAGAUGAGGGACUCGGAACAAAGCUCAGAUGCCAAAAGUGCACCACAAGAGCUUGUUAAGCAGGUAUUGAGUGGAGGUUGGAGAGAAGACAUCCUAGUUGCAGGAGAAAAUGCACUUUCAAGGUAUGAUUCAACAGCAUAUAACCAAAUCAUACUGAAUGCAAGACCUCAAGGUGUCAACAAACACGGCCCUCCAAAAUUAAGGAUGUAUGGAGUAACAUAUCUUCGUCUAUCAGAUGAUCUACAGCAACAAUCAAAUUUUGAUAUCUUCAAAAAAUUUGUGCUAAAGAUGCAUGCAGAUCAGGAUUACUGUGCAGACCCUCGAAACUACAAUCACGUUAUAGCACCACUAAAGCCAUCGGCACCAAAGAUUCCUAUUGAGGUUCUUCUUGAAGCGACUAAACCAAUACCGCCAUUCCCCUGGCUUCCAGAGACAGACAUGAAAAUUGAAGGUUGA